CAAGUCACUUAGCAACAUAACACAAGGAAAUUACCCAAAACUGCAAUAUAUAAGGCUUGCUUUUGGAGGCUUUGGAUCAUUUAACUCCACCCAAUCUCUUUUCUAUGUAAAUCGAGUCUAUUCCAAGUUAGGAAAAUGAAUUCAGACAAACAUAAACUCCUAACUUUCUCAGCCACUUCCUUUUUAUUUCUGAUUUCUCUAGCAGCGGCAUUUGACUUCCUCGACCCGAAUGGAAAAAUCGAAAUCAAAUGGGAUGUCAUGUACUGGACUGCAGAUGGUUAUGUGGCAACAGUGACUAUAACAAACUCUCAGACAUACCGACAUAUCACGAGCCCCGGAUGGACCUUGGGAUGGGUAUGGGCAAAGGGAGAGGUCAUUUGGUCCAUGCAGGGAGCUGAAGCUACUGAUCAAGGAGAUUGUUCCAGUUCCACGUUUACAGGAACUAUACCACACAGUUGCAAAAGAGAUCCAUCGGUGGUUGACUUACUUCCUGGUGCUCCUUAUAACAGACAGGUAGCUAUGUGCUGCAAAGGUGGUGUUUUGACAUCUUGGGGACAAGAUCCUUCAUCUGCUGUCUCUGCCUUCCAAUUGACGGUUGGUCAUUCCGGUAGUUCGAAUAAGACAGUGAGACUUCCCAAGAAUUUCACCUUGAAUGGUCCAGGGCUGGGUUACACAUGUAGCCAGGCAAAGAUUGUGCCACCAUCAGCUUUCUACUCAUCUGAUGGUCGUCGAAAAACUAAUGCAUUGAUGACUUGGAAUGUGACAUGCUCUUACUCACAGUUUCUUGCUUCUCAAACGCCAACCUGUUGUGUCUCCAUGUCAUCUUUCUAUAACUCGAAAGUUACUCCUUGUAAAGCAUGUGCUUGUGGCUGCCAAGAAGAAACGGCAUGUAUCCUGACGGAAUCAGAUCUUCAAAGCAUAACGGAAUUGAAUGCACCUACAAAUGACAGUGCUCCAUUGGUGCAGUGCACGACACAUAACUGUCCAAUUCAAGUCCACUGGCAUGUUAAGGAAAACUACAAGGGAUAUUGGCGGGUUAAGAUAACCAUCAGUAAUCUCAACUAUCGACUUAACUAUUCACAAUGGACUCUUGUUGUUGAGCACCCCAAUUUCAACAACACGGUGGAAGUUUAUAGCUUUGUUUAUAAGCCACUCACCCCCUUCAUCUCUAAGAACGACACUGCUCUGUUUCAUGGCUUAAAAUCUUUCAAUGAUGUGCUACUUCAAGCAGGGCCAAAUGGAAACGUUCACUCAGAGAUUAUUUUUCAAAAGGAUUCAACAUUUACAUUGGAACAUGGAUGGGCUUUCCCUCAAAAAGUUUACUUUGAUGGAGAUGAAUGUGUGAUGCCAUCUCCUGAUUCUUACCCAUUUCUACCCAACUUAGCUAAUGCAAAUCCAAUUCUAUUGUCAACACUAGCUUGCAUUUUUCUUCCCAUAUUCUUUACAUUGUUAUCUUAGAGCUGAAGCUCAAUUCAUUUUCCAAGGAAAGUAUAAUCUGGCUAACAGAACUUGGAGUCAAUUAUUUGUCAAUACUAGGAAAUCAGAACUAAGUAUUUCUUGAAACUUCAUCGCUUGUGAAAAAUGACUGGUUUCAUAACUUCAAGCCAUUCCUUGAGUUACACACAGUUUCAAGCUUGACCAAACUGGAAACCUGACCUUCCUAGUGAAAUGAAAUAAAUGAAGGGUUUCUUAUUCCUA